AUCAUGGCGACCGGAAGUCCUGCGAGCUUACUUCCCUCAGUUCUCAGAAAGCCCGCUUCCUCUGCGAGCGUUAUUUCAAAAGAAGUUGAGAACCAGAGAAACCGACCUAAGGGUAUUCUCCCAUUUGGCCCGUCCUCCCCUAAAGUCACCACCUGCUGCUUUUCUGGAGCGCUUACCAGUGACCAAGAGGAACAGAACACAGAGCAGCCUGGCAGUGUCCAAGCAACAAGCCUCGGCCCCUCCUUCCUGCACCCUGGGGCUCCUGAAACUCACCUGGGAAGGAGGGCUUUCUGAGAUUUGAGGGAAACAAGCUCUCAGGACUUCCGGUCGCCAUGAUGGCUGUGGGCGGUAAACAGGGUUAGUGCAAGCAUCUGGGCCAUCUUCAAUGGUAAAAAAGAUACAGUAAAGACAUAAAUACCACGUUUGACAAAUGGAAAAAAAGGAGUGUCCAGAAAAGAGUAGCAGCAGUGAGAAAGAGCUGCCGAGACGGGACAGUGGAUCCAGUAGGAAUGUAGAUGCAUCCGAACUCAUAAUACUACAAGGACCACGGAAACUGUUGGUUGACAAUAGCUUACAGGAACUGCAAUACCCAAAAACUGGAAUUUUUAUUCAGGCUGAGGCCUGUGUGACAGAUGAUACGGUAUACAGGGAGCUACCCCGUGUUUCUGAGAUCCGUUAUGACAUCUCACAUUUUUUCCAAGAAGAUGAUGAGACAGAGGCAGAGCCAUUCUUGUUCCAUGCUGUUCCUGAGAGUCAACUAUGUGGGUGGGACAUUCCCAGUGUAUCAGAAGAGCAGGAAUCUUCAGAGGGACAAGAUUCAGGAGACAUUUGCUCAGAAGAGAAUCAAAUAGUUUCCUCUUAUGCUUCUAAAGUCUGUUUUGAGAUCGAACAAGAUUAUAAAAAUCGUCAGUUUCUGGGGCCUGAAGGAAAUGUGGAUGUUGAGUUGAUUGAUAAGAGCACAAACACAUACAGCGUUCGGUUCCCCACUGCUGGCUGGUAUCUGUGGCCAGCCACAGGCCUCGGCUUCCUGGUAAGGGAUGCGGUCACGUUGACGAUUGCAUUUGGUUCCUGGAGUCAGCACCUGGCCCUGGACCUGCAGCACCAUGAACAGUGGCUGGUGGGCGGCCCCUUGUUUGAUGUCACUGCAGUGCCAGAGGAGGCUGUCUCUGAAAUCCACCUCCCCCACUUCAUCUCCCUCCAAGCAGGUGAGGUGGAUGUCUCCUGGUUCCUCAUUGCCCAUUUUAAGGAUGAAGGGAUGGUCCUGGAGCAUCCAGCCCGGGUGGAGCCUUUCUAUGCCGUCCUGGGAAAGCCCAGCUUCUCUCUGAUGGGCAUCCUGCUGCGGAUCGCCAGCGGGACCUGCCUCUCCAUCCCCAUCACUUCCAACACGUUGAUCUAUUAUCACCCCCACCCCGAAGAUAUUAAGUUCCACUUGUACCUUGUCCCCAGCGACGCCUUGCUAACGAAGGCGAUAGAUGAUGAGGAAGAUCGCUUCCAUGGUGUGCGCCUGCAGACUUCGCCCCCAAUGGAACCCCUGAACUUUGGUUCCAGUUAUAUUGUGUCUAAUUCUGCUAACCUGAAAGUAAUGCCCAAGGAGUUGAAAUUGUCCUACAGGAGCCCUGGAGAAAUUCAGCACUUCUCAAAAUUCUAUGCUGGGCAGAUGAAGGAACCCAUUCAACUUGAAAUUACUGAAAAAAGACAUGGGACUUUGGUGUGGGAUACUGAGGUGAAGCCAGUGGAUCUCCAGCUUGCAGCUGCAUCAGCCCCUCCUCCUUUCUCAGGUGCAGCCUUUGUGAAGGAGAACCACCGGCAACUCCAAGUCAGGAUGGGGGACCUGAAAGGGGUGCUCGAUGAUCUCCAAGACAAUGAGGUUCUCACUGAGAAUGAGAAGGAGCUGGUGGAACAGGAAAAGACACGGCAGAGCAAGAAUGAGGCCUUGCUGAGCAUGGUGGAGAAGAAAGGGGACCUGGCUCUGGACGUGCUCUUCAGAAGCAUUAGUGAAAGGGACCCUUACCUCGUGUCCUGUCUUAGACAGCAGAAUUUGUAAGAUGAGUCAGUUAGAUAGUCUGGAAGAGAGAAUCCAGCCUUCUCAUUGGAAAUGGAUAAACAGAAAUGUGAUCAUUGAUUUCAGUGUUCAAGACAGAAGAAGACUGGGUAACAUUUAUCACACAGGCUUUCAGGACAGACUUGUAACCUGGCAUGUACCUAUUGACUGUAUCCUCAUGCAUUUACCUCAAGAAUGUCUGAAGAAGGUAGUAAUAUUCCUUUUAAAUUUUUUCCAACCAUGGCUUGAUAUAUCACUAUUUUAUCCAUUGACAUGUUUCUUGAAGACCCAGGAUAAAGGACAUCCAGAUAGGUGUGUUUAUGAAUGAUAGGGCCUGGAAAGGCAACUUUUCCUGAUUAAUGUGAAAAAUAAUUCCUAGGGACACUCCAUUUGAAGUAUCACCUUCUCAUAACUAAAAGCAGAAAAGCUAACAAAAGCUUCUUAGCUGAGGACACUCAAGGCAUACAUGAUGAUAGUCUUUUUUUUUUUUUAUAUGUUAGGACUUUAACACUUUAUCUAUGGCUACUAUUAUUAGAAUAAUGUAAAUGUAUUUGCUGAAAGAGAGCACAAAAAUGGGAGAAAAUGCAAACAUGAGCAGAAAAUAUUUUCCCACUGGUGUGUAGCCUGGUACAAGGAGUUGUUGGAUUAAAUGUUCAUGGUCAACUCCAAGGAAUACUGAGAUGAAAUGUGGUAAAUCAACUCCACAGAACCACCAAAAAGAAAAUGAGGGUAAUUCAGCUUAUUCUGAGACAGACAUUCCUGGCAAUGUACCAUAUAAAAAAUAAGCCAACUCUGACAUUUGGAUUCUACCAUAGACUCUGUCAUUUUGUAGCCAUUUCAGCUGCCUGAAAUGGCUACAAAAACAUGAUUAAUGUUUUCAUGGCACACAUAUUUCCAUCCUUUUAUGUUUAAUCUGUUUAAAACAAGUUCCUAGUAGACACCAUCUGGUUGAGUCAGUUUUUUAUGGUGUAUUUUGAACCCAUUCUGAUAGUCUCUUUUAACUGGAAAAUUUCAAUUACUUAUGUUAAUGUAAUUAUUAAUAUGUUAGGAUUUAUCCUCAGUCAGCCAGUUUGUUAUGUCUUUUUCCAUUCUACUGUUAUCACAUUUGUACCACUUAAAGUGGAAUCUAGGCACUUUAUCACCAUUUAGAUCCUAUUACCUUUUCUCAUCUAGGAUAUAGUUAUCUUCUACAUAAUCUUUCUGUAUCUUAAAACCCAUCAAUAAAUUAUUAUAUAUUUUCUACUUUUAAUCACUCAGAAGAUUUAAAAAACUCAUGAGAAGAGUAAUCUGUUAUGUUUUCCCAGAUAUUUACCAUUUCUGUUGCUCUUCCUUCAUUAUUUUCCAAAUUUCAUUCUGCAAAUUUCCACUUCGUCUGAUAGAUGUUUUUUAGUUCUUUUCGAGUGGUUCUGAUAGGUACAGAUUCUCUUAUUUUUUGCUUCCUCUGAGGACAUCUUUUUCUCACCUUCAUUCUCAGUGAUGUUUUUUGCUUGAUGUAGUAUUUUUAGUUGACAUUGUUUUCUGUUCAGCAAUUUCCUUUUAGCUUCCGUAUUUCCUGAUGAGAAAUCUGCAAUCAUUCAAAUUGUUGUUUCCCUGUAUGUAGUGUGCCAUUUUUCUGUCAGAUUUCAAGGUAUUUUUCUUUAUCUUUAGUUUUUAGCCAUUUCAUUAUGUUGGGGAUGAGUUUCCUUGUUUUAUUCCCCUUGGAAUUUGCUCCAUUUCAUAAAUAAUUUGCAGUUUUAUGUCUUUUACCAGACUCAGAGGUUUUCAGCCAUAAUUUCUAAAAAUAUUUUUUAUUAGCCUGAUUCUCAUCUUUAUAGGAAAUAGUUUCAGUGAUGACAAGUUCCAAUAGCUUAUAUGCCCAGAAGGCCUUCAAAAUAAGAAUUUUGAAAGGAUACAGAAAACAAACUUAUAUAUCCUUCUCAUGUUUUCUACUGUAAAAUUCAUAUGUUUUGCUACUCUAAACCUAGUUUGAAAUAAACAGUCUUGAGAAUAGAUGAAAAUUUUGAUGAAUAGUGGAAUUCUUUUAAAUGGAAACCUCUUACAUGUGAUUUUGCUUGCCAUCUAGAAAUAAACCAUAGUAUUUAUGUUGAAUCAAUCAAUAUUAUAUUUUUUUUCCUCCUCUUCUGAAACUCUUAUUGUGGAAAUGUUAGACUUUUAUGUUUUCCUAAAUAUCCCUGAUAUUCUACUUAUUAGGACAUCUUUUCAUUUUUUCCAUUAUUCUGAUUGGGUAAUUUUAAUUUGUCUAUUUUCAAAUUUGCUAGAGUGUUCACCUGCUGUUAUCUGUGUUGUCCCACUGAGUGCAUUCACCACCUUUUAAAUUUUGGUGACUGUAUGUAUCAGUUCUAAAAUUUCCAUUUUGUUGUUCUCUAUAUUUUAAAUUUCUUGGCUUAUAUUCUAUUUUCCUGCAAAUGUGUCAGCAUUUGCUUGUUUGAGCUUUUUUUUUUUUUUCAAGACAAGGUCUCAACUCUGUUACCCAGGCUGGAGUGCAGUGGUGCGAUUUCAGCUCACUGCAGCCUCUGCCUCCUGGUUCAAGCGAUUCUUGUGCCUCAGCCUCCUGAGUAGCUGGGAUUACAGGCAUGCACCACCACAGCCCAGCUAAUUUUUUGUAUUUUUAGUAGAGACAGAGUUUUGCUAUGUUGGCCAGUCUGGUUUUGAACUCCUGGCCUCAAGUGAUCCACCCACCUCAGCCUCCAAAAGUGCUGGGAUUACAGGCCACUACACCUGGCACAUUUGAGUUUUUUUUUUUUUUUUUUUUUUUGAGAUGGAGUCUCGCUCUGUCAUCCAGGCUGGAGUGCAGUGGUGUGAUCUCAGCUCACUGUAGCUUCUGUCUCCUGGGCUCAAGUGAUUCUCUUGCCUCAGCCUCCUGAGUAGCUAGGACUAUAGGUGCAUGCCACCAUGCCUGGCUAAUUUUUUUAAAAAAUAUUUUUAGUAGAGACAGGGUUUCACCAUGUUGGCCAGGAUGGUCUCGAUCUUCUGACCUCAUGAUCCACCCGCCUCGGCCUUCCAAAGUGCUGGGAUUACAGGCAUGAGCCACUGCGCCUGGCCUCAUUUGAGUAUUUUUAUAAUGUCUCUUUUAAAGUCUUUGUCAGAUAAUUCCACCGUACGUGUUAUUCAGUGUUUGGUGUCCACUGAGUUGUCAUUUGCCGGACAAAUGGAGAUUUUUGCAGCUCAUCCUUGUAUUCUCAGUAGUUUUGAUAUGUACCCUUGACAUAUGAAUGUUAUCUUCUGAGACUCUGUGUUUUAUUUGUAUCCAACAGAAGAUAUUUAUUAUUUAUUUAGUUUUCUGUGAACUGAGGUCUUAAUAUCAGCUCAUUUUAAAAGUCUUUGCAGUGGUAUUUGGAUCUAUCCUGUGUGUGCCUGUGAGACUGGGUGCAGUGUAUCCUGUUAGCUCCAUUCUCAGGGCGUUUGAAUGUGAAUUAGGACCAGUGCAAUGAAUGCUCAAGUUGGGGUUGGGCAUUAGAAUUCAUAAAAGUCUUUAUAUGCUCAGAUUCUGCAGCUCCAUCCUCUUCAUGAUUGUGAUAGUGAGGACAGUGGAAUUUUGCAGUUGUCUAUACCUUAUCUUGAAGUAGAACUAAAUUGUUACAUUUGAAGAAUGUACUUCAUAAAUUUACAAAAAUAAAAAAAUAGGUUAAUGUUAUUAAAACAAAAAGGCACA